GCGUCGUAUGUUUGUGCAUUAAUUGUGUUUUUAAAUUUGUAUUUCAUAGGUACAACAACUUACUGCUGUUUGCUUAAGUGCUUUGUUCAUUUUCUACUUUACAAUUACAAUAUAUUAACUAGUUAAAGUAUGGAUUUGGAAUUCCAAGAUGUACGUGCUGAAGUUAAGGGUAUCAUGUGUACUGGACGACUAAAAUUCACUGAGCAAAAUAUUGUGUUUAAAAAUGUAAAAACUGGCAAAGUAGAACAGUUAACAUCUUCUGAUAUAGAAUUUGUUAAUUGGCAAAAAUUAGUUGGUACCUGUGGUAUCAGAAUCUUUUUAAAAAAUGGUAAUCUUCAUCGAUACAGUGGCUUCAACGAGUCUGAUCAAGAUAAAAUUGCAAAGUAUUUUAAAAAUACAUAUCGCUUAGAUAUGUUGGAAAAAGAAUUAGCCAUUAAGGGCUGGAACUGGGGUAGUACUAAAUUUAAUGGAUCAAUAUUGAGUUUUGAUAUUGGUAAUCUGACUGCUUUUGAAAUACCUCUCAACAAUGUAUCACAAUGUACUACUGGAAAGAACGAAGUAACAUUGGAAUUUCAUCAGAAUGAUGAAACACCAGUCAGUUUAUGCGAAAUGAGAUUCCAUAUUCCAUCUGCUGAGCUUGCAGGUGACCAAGAUCCAGUAGAUGCAUUCCAUGAUCAAGUUAUGAAGCAGGCCAGUGUUAUAUCAAUAUCUGGUGAUGCAAUUGCUAUAUUCAGGGAAAUGCAAUGUCUUACUCCUCGUGGUCGUUAUGAUAUAAAAGUUUUUCAAACAUUUUUCCAACUCCAUGGUAAGACGUUUGAUUAUAAAAUUCCAAUGACUACUGUUCUUCGUUUGUUUAUAUUACCACACAAAGAUGGUCGUCAAAUAUUUUUUGUAGUCAGUUUGGAUCCACCUAUUAAACAAGGCCAAACGAGAUACCAUUAUUUAGUAUUAUUAUUUAAUAUGGAAGAGGAAACAUCUAUAGAACUUCCAUUUACUAUUAAUUCUAUUAGUAUUGUAAAUAAAUUAAAUAAUUAUAUUUAUUAUUUUUUUAGUCACUCUGGAACAUCCGCAAUUGGUUGUUCAUAUAAAGCUGCUGCUGGAUAUGUUUAUCCACUUGAAAGAGGCUUUAUUUACAUACACAAGCCUCCUAUACACAUACGAUUUGAAGAAAUUUCUAGCGUUAAUUUUGCUAGAGGCGGUGGUAGUACUAGGUCAUUUGAUUUUGAAAUUGAGUUAAAAAAUGGAGUUAUACAUACAUUUAGUAGCAUCGAAAAAGAAGAAUAUGGAAGUCUGUACGAUUUCAUUAAUGCCAAAAAACUAAGAGUCAAAAACACUGGCAAAUCAGAUAAACCUGCUUAUACAGGAGACGACUAUGGUGAUUCUGAUAAAGAAGCCGAACCUGAUGCUUAUUUGGCUCGAGUUAAACGUGAAGGACAAGAACGUGAUGAAGAUGAUGAUGAUGAUUCAGAUGAGAGUACAGAUGAAGAUUUCAACCCUGAAGGACAAGAGAGUGAUGUCGCUGAAGAGUUUGAUAGUAAUCCAUCAACAACAGAAUCAGAAUCUGGAAAUGAGGAAGGGGGUGGUGGUGACAAAAAAAAAGAAAAGAAAGAAAAGAAAAAGAAGGAUAAAAAACCUAAAUCGGCUAAAACUAUUUCGGAAAAACCAAGAAAAUCAAAAAAAUCUAAGAAACCUGAUGAUGGCAGACCAAAACGUGCUGCAACAGCGUACAUGAUAUGGUUUAAUGAGGCACGAGAAGAAAUAAAAUCUGAUAACCCGGGAAUUUCAUUUGUUGAUAUAGCGAAAAAAGGAGGUGAAUUAUGGAAAAAAAUGUCAACCAGUGAUAAAUCGAAAUAUGAAGAAAAAGCAGCGAAAUCUAAAGAAGAAUAUAUUGAAGCUAUGAAAGAAUUCAAAGAAUCUGGCGGUGGAGCUGAAUCAUCUAAGGACUCUAAGGAAUCUAAGAAAUCGUCCAAGAAAUCUUCUUCACAAAAGAAAGUUGCAACUCCAGUAAAGAGUGGUUCAUUCAUUUCAAAAGAGUUUAUUGAGUCUGACGAUGAUUCAUCAAGUGAUGAUAAAAGCAAGAAUAUAACAAAAUCUAAGAAGAAAUCUUCGGAUGAUUCAAGCGAUGAUAAAAAAUCUCCAAUUGCAAUAAAAUCUAAGAAAACAAAGGAUGGUUCUUCUAAAUCAAAGAGAGAAAGGGCGUCUUCUGAUGGAACUAGCGAAGAAGAUAAGUCCAAAUCAAUGAAAAAAAGGAAAAGUGAUUCAGAAGAUGAUGAUGUUGACGAAAGUAGUGGAAGUGCAUCAGAUGCUAGUGACUCCGAUUAAAUAUUUUUUUUUUUAAUUUGUGUAAACAUGCAACAAAUUAUAAUCUUUUUUGUGUAUAAUUAUCAUUUUUUUUUAUUAGAAAAUUAAACGUCAUAAUGAAUAAUGAUAUAUGUUUAGAUUUUAUAAAUCUAGUUUAUUAUACCUGAG